GGCUAGCCGCUAGAAUAUAGUCUGCCGUGGAUCGUCGGACCGUUCAGUCUUUUUGUGUCGUUCAGUAUCAUCCGAUUCGUGUGAUCGACAGCACAGCCGAAUUUUUUUUCUUUUUUUUCUAAUUCCUUGAAGUAACCAAAAACACAAAUCAAAAUGGCUGAUGAUGAGAAAAAGGCAGCAGCACCGGCCGCAGCACCGGCUGCAGCUCCGGCAGCGGCAGCGGCGGCCAAACCGGCAGCAGCGGCGGCUCCGGCGGCCAAUGGCAAGGCUCCGGCAGCCAAUGGUAAGGCCCCGGCAGCCGCCGCCGCGCCCGCCGGUCCACCCAAGGAUCCUAAUGACCCCAAAGUGAAGGCCGAGGAGGCUAAGAAGGCUAAACAGGCUGAGAUCGAGCGCAAGCGUGCUGAGGUGCGCAAGCGCAUGGAGGAAGCCUCCAAGGCCAAGAAGGCCAAGAAGGGUUUCAUGACUCCAGAGAGGAAGAAGAAGCUCAGGUUGCUGCUGCGUAAGAAAGCCGCUGAGGAAUUGAAGAAAGAACAGGAACGCAAAGCAGCUGAACGUAGACGCAUCAUUGAAGAACGUUGCGGCAGUCCCAGGAAUCUCAGCGAUGCCAGCGAAGAUUCACUUCAAAGUACUUGUAAGGACUACCAGAAUAAGAUACUGAAACUAGAGUCCGAAAAGUACGAUCUCGAGUACGAGGUAGCCAGAAAGGAUUAUGAGAUCAACGAUCUCAAUGCCCAAGUUAACGAUCUUCGCGGCAAGUUCGUCAAGCCAGCCCUGAAGAAGGUCUCCAAAUACGAAAACAAAUUCGCCAAGCUGCAGAAGAAGGCCGCUGAGUUCAACUUCCGCAACCAGCUCAAGGUGGUGAAGAAGAAGGAGUUCACGCUGGAGGAGGAGGAGAAGGAGAAAAAGAUAAAAGAUGCCGCUGUGCUAAAUAAAGCCAAAAAGUAAGAAACCCGACUGGUCCAAGGGCAAGCCCGGUGAUGCCAAGGUGAAGGAGGAGGUUGAGGCCGAAGCUUAAGUGUCCACACGUCCACUAGUGUCCACUGACCCGUGACUCCCGCCCUAAACAAUAAUUGAAAUUAUUUACAACAAUUAUCUGAAGCAAUACAAUUUAUAUAAAUCUAUUAAUAUAUAUAUCCACAAAUAUAUAUGCAUGUAUAUAUCUCGCCAUAUAUAUGUGUCCACAAUGGAUUUGAUCAGAAAUGAAGUCAAUAAACAACAACAGCAACAACUUAAAAAA